CAGCAGGCAUUCUGAAUCCCUGGUAUUGACUUUCAUUCAACUCCAAUCGUCCAACUCCCGACGCUCCUUCCUCCCCCCCUCCUCACCGAAGGCAGCUGGUGGUGGAAAUCACGUGUUUUUGGUGAAUAAAUUAGUUUGACUGUUGCAAUUGGUUCGUGCCAACUUUAUAUUGCUUCAUUUGUUUGGACAUCGUCUGAGCAGUGAUUCUGAUAGUCAUGCUUUCUCCAUAUGCUCUGAUGGCUUUGUUUCUCUGAAUCAAAACCCAAGACCAAGUUCAAGGCAUUUGCAACUCUUUUCAUUGUACUUUGGCUGUGAAUUUGUUGCUAAGCAUUGAUCAAGUUGGGAAAAAUGAACACAAAGUUCGAAAAGGUAUUGGAUAGUGGCAGAAGUGUUGUUGUUGAUCUGAAGAGAAAGAGGUCAGAACAAUGCACCAUCCCUUCAAAGGGAGCUACUCAUGUGCCGUUCACUCUGCAAUACCCACCACCUAUAUCAUCAAUCAAGAAGAUCAACAAGCGGAGGAAACUAAAUGGAUCCAUAAACAAGUAUAGCAGUUUCAACUUUCCAUCUGGGAAGCGUCUGCUUAAAUAUUAUUCCAACUUUAAGAAGAGUGGGAGUUUGCAACGCUUGAUGUAUCAUGACAACGAUGAGUGGAAUGAUUUUUCCAUGGACAUCAUUGCACAUGUCAACAAGGAUCUUCUUGCUGACAAGCCUGCAAUUGAAGUGGAGUUUAAUGGAACCAAGAUUCUGCUAGAUUUCUUGCAUAUGAUGCAGUUGGACCUGAAUACUGGCAUGCAACAGCCUAUUGCUUGGAUUGAUGUCUCUGGGAACUGUUUUUUCCCUGAAAUAUUUAGUGGUUAUGAGGAAACAAAUGGUUAUGACAAUGAAUUUGCUGAGGGUGAAGGAGAUAAAGAUAUGGGAAAUGAGCCUUUUGGUUCCACUGAUAUAAACUUGCAUUUGGAGAUUGCUAUACAUGAAUUAAAUAAUGAGUCCAGUGGUGAAUCCAAUGUGAUUGUCGAGCAGGUAUAUGCUCAUGAGAGUGCUGCUCCUAGAAUUUGUGAUGAUGAAAGUAAUGAUAAUUGCUCCAAGGCAUCAUAUGGGGAUGUCGAUGUGAAAUGUGAGGAUAGUCAGCAAAUUGAUGGAAACAUGAUUCAAGUGGUUGGCCCUGUACCUGGGUCCUUGGGAAGCGACACUGUCAAGGAGCUGUUUGUAAAAAGUAUUAGCUUGGCUGCUGCAGAGGUUGUUGAGAUACACCAUUGUACGAGCAUUUUGAUGAAAAGUCGGUUGGAACUAUUUGAGAAACAGGUGGAAAUAACAAAAAAGUACCGCGGAGAUGCAAAUGUCCUGUAUGCAUGGCUUCCUUGUUCGAAAGAAUCUGUUACAACCAUACUAAAGUAUGGGAUAGGGCAUUACACGCCCUUGGAAUUGAAGCCCCUCAAUAGUACGGGGAUACAUCUGAUCCCUGCAAAUGGUACUCAAAUCAGUAUCGAUUGUUUAGAUGUUGACGAAAAUGAUGUACGGCAUAUGGUAUUCUGCCGUGUUAUAAUGGGGAAUAUGGAGCUUGUUAGCUGUGGAUCAAGUCAGUUCCAUCCCAGUAGUGAGGAAUUUGAUAGCGGUGUUGACACACUUCCCAAUCCAAGUCGUUAUGUUGUAUGGGACAUGAAUAUGACUUCUCACAUCUACCCAGAAUGUGCAAUUAGUUUCAAGAUGACUUCUGAUGUUGAAGGACCUAUUUUUGGGAAAGAGAGCAUGGUUGAUCAUCCUGUCCUCAAUACUUGUUAUGAAGGACCUCAUGACCAGAUUGCAGGAAAACCAUUUCAAGCUAGGACCCCUAAGAGCCCUUGGAUGCCAUUUCCCAUGCUGCUUGCUGCCAUUUCAAGCAAAGUCCCUUCUCAGCACAUGGACCUUGUGAAGAACAACUAUGCGCUGUUCAGACAUAAAAAGAUAAACCGGGAUACAUUUGUGAAGAAAUUGAGGACCAUUGUUGGUGAUGAUUUACUGAAGUCGGCAAUAACAAGUCUUCGGUGCAAGGUGUCAGACAAACCCCAAGGUUGAAACGGUGUGCAGCUAAGCGUGAGUGACCCGGAAGUCGAAUUAUCGUAUAAAUGUGCAUGUAAUGUCAAUAAGUCAAUUUGCUUCACGACAUUUGGUGUAGUUUGAAAGCUCUAGAAGUGUUGUUUUCAUGUAUGGACUUGUUUUUAAACUAGAUGCAAAAUAACUCGGAUUGGUUUGUUUUGAUGAAGAUAAAUGAUCUUUACCUUA